AUGGCGCCGAAGUCCGUCACAAUCUCCUUGAGAGCAAAGGACGCAAAUCCUGUGUACGUCUCCAGACGCAAAUCCUGUGUACGUCUCCAGACGCAAAUCCCGUGUACGUCUCCAGACGCAAAUCCCGUGUACGUCUCCAGACGCAAAUCCUGUGUACGUCUCCAGGCGCAAAUCCCGUGUACGUCUCCAGGCGCAAAUCCCGUGUACGUCUCCAGACGCAAAUCCCGUGUACGUCUCCAGACGCAAAUCCCGUGUACGUCUCCAGACGCAAAUCCCGUGUACGUCUCCAGACGCAAAUCCCGUGUACGUCUCCAGACGCAAAUCCCGUGUACGUCUCCAGACGCAAAUCCCGUGUACGUCUCCAGACGCAAAUCCCGUGUACGUCUCCAGACGCAAAUCCCGUGGACGUCUCCAGACGCAAAUCCCGUGGACGUCUCCAGACGCAAAUCCCGUGGACGUCUCCAGACGCAAAUCCCGUGGACGUCUCCAGACGCAAAUCCCGUGGACGUCUCCAGACGCAAAUCCCGUGGACGUCUCCAGACGCAAAUCCCGUGGACGUCUCCAGACGCAAAUCCUGUGUACGUCUCCAGACGCAAAUCCUGUGUACGUCUCCAGACGCAAAUCCUGUGUACGUCUCCAGACGCAAAUCCCGUGUACGUCUCCAGACGCAAAUCCCGUGUACGUCUCCAGACGCAAAUCCCGUGUACGUCUCCAGACGCAAAUCCCGUGUACGUCUCCAGACGCAAAUCCCGUGUACGUCUCCAGACGCAAAUCCCGUGUACGUCUCCAGACGCAAAUCCCGUGUACGUCUCCAGACGCAAAUCCCGUGUACGUCUCCAGACGCAAAUCCCGUGUACGUCUCCAGACGCAAAUCCCGUGUACGUCUCCAGACGCAAAUCCCGUACACCUGGCCAAGCAGACACCUGGCCAAGCAGAGACCUGGCCAAGCAGAGACCUGGCCAAGCAGACACCUGGCCAAGCAGACACCUGGCCAAGCAGACACCUGGCCAAGCAGAGACCUGGCCAAGCAGACACCUGGCCAAGCAGAGACCUGGCCAAGCAGAGACCUGGCCAAGCAGAGACCUGGCCAAGCAGAGACCUGGCCAAGCAGAGACCUGGCCAAGCAGACACCUGGCCAAGCAGACACCUGGCCAAGCAGAGACCUGGCCAAGCAGACACCUGGCCAAGCAGAGACCUGGCCAAGCAGACACCUGGCCAAGCAGACACCUGGCCAAGCAGAGACCUGGCCAAGCAGACACCUGGCCAAGCAGACACCUGGCCAAGCAGACACCUGGCCAAGCAGACACCUGGCCAAGCAGACACCUGGCCAAGCAGACACCUGGCCAAGCAGACACCUGGCCAAGCAGACACCUGGCCAAGCAGACACCUGGCCAAGCAGACACCUGGCCAAGCAGACACCUGGCCAAGCAGACACCUGGCCAAGCAGACACCUGGCCAAGCAGACACCUGGCCAAGCAGACACCUGGCCAAGCAGACACCUGGCCAAGCAGACACCUGGCCAAGCAGAGACCUGGCCAAGCAGACACCUGGCCAAGCAGACACCUGGCCAAGCAGACACCUGGCCAAGCAGAGACCUGGCCAAGCAGACACCUGGCCAAGCAGACACCUGGCCAAGCAGACACCUGGCCAAGCAGAGACCUGGCCAAGCAGACACCUGGCCAAGCAGACACCUGGCCAAGCAGACACCUGGCCAAGGAGACACCUGGCCAAGCAGACACCUGGCCAAGCAGACACCUGGCCAAGCAGACACCUGGCCAAGCAGACACCUGGCCAAGCAGAGACCUGGCCAAGGAGACACCUGGCCAAGCAGACACCUGGCCAAGCAGAGACCUGGCCAAGCAGACACCUGGCCAAGCAGAGACCUGGCCAAGCAGACACCUGGCCAAGCAGACACCUGGCCAAGCAGAGACCUGGCCAAGCAGACACCUGGCCAAGCAGACACCUGGCCAAGCAGACACCUGGCCAAGCAGAGACCUGGCCAAGCAGACACCUGGCCAAGCAGACACCUGGCCAAGCAGACACCUGGCCAAGCAGACACCUGGCCAAGCAGACACCUGGCCAAGCAGACACCUGGCCAAGCAGAGACCUGGCCAAGCAGACACCUGGCCAAGCAGAGACCUGGCCAAGCAGAGACCUGGCCAAGCAGACACCUGGCCAAGCAGACACCUGGCCAAGCAGAGACCUGGCCAAGCAGACACCUGGCCAAGCAGACACCUGGCCAAGCAGACACCUGGCCAAGCAGACACCUGGCCAAGCAGACACCUGGCCAAGCAGAGACCUGGCCAAGCAGAGACCUGGCCAAGCAGACACCUGGCCAAGCAGACACCUGGCCAAGCAGACACCUGGCCAAGCAGACACCUGGCCAAGCAGACACCUGGCCAAGCAGACACCUGGCCAAGCAGAGACCUGGCCAAGCAGACACCUGGCCAAGCAGACACCUGGCCAAGCAGAGACCUGGCCAAGCAGACACCUGGCCAAGCAGACACCUGGCCAAGCAGACACCUGGCCAAGCAGACACCUGGCCAAGCAGACACCUGGCCAAGCAGAGACCUGGCCAAGCAGACACCAGGCCAAGCAGACACCUGGCCAAGCAGACACCUGGCCAAGGAGACACCUGGCCAAGCAGACACCUGGCCAAGCAGACACCUGGCCAAGCAGACACCUGGCCAAGCAGACACCUGGCCAAGCAGAGACCUGGCCAAGGAGACACCUGGCCAAGCAGACACCUGGCCAAGCAGACACCUGGCCAAGCAGACACCUGGCCAAGCAGACACCUGGCCAAGCAGACACCUGGCCAAGCAGACACCACCGACGGUAAUCAUCUAG